AUGUUACCACAUGGCAAGAAAAAGAAAAAAAUUUGGAAGAUUAUUGAAAAAGAGUUCAACAGUGCUAGUGAAAAAGCGUUCAGGCAUUCAAAACACCUGAAAGAAAAAUAUUCUAAUCUUAAAAAGAAAGCGAAAAGGAAAUUUACUGACGAAAAAUUGGAAAUUAGAAAAACAGGUGGAGGAACAUUCACUCCUAUUCUUGUGACUGAUGUGGAUAUAGCCAUCAAAAAUAUUCUGGGAGAUUAG